GAAUUAGAUCAUCAUCACCUUGGGAUGAAACUCCUCAACAUCACCGUGACUCCACAGUAGACGACUGGAGAACUGGAUGCCAAAAACUAGUUCUUGUCUGUCAUAAGGAGGAAGACGGCGGCGCGUGAUAUUCAGUGAGAGUGGUCUAUAUAAAUCAGGCUUGUUUUUGUUGCAGAUGGAGAAUACUUCUUAUUUUGUUGCAUCUAAGCACAAGCUGAGCACCUUCUUCUCCCUCAUAUUCCGUUCCCCCACUGCUUAUCACCCUUUGCUAGCCUCUGCAAUGUCCAGACUAAUCAUGCAAAAUCAGGGGAACCGUUUGUUUGUUGACCAAGAUGAGAACAAUGUGCAGCAGCUUUUAAGGAUGAUGAACAGCGACAAUCACCGUUUGAUUGAACAAGCUUGUUCUUCUUUAUCAAAUCUUGCUGGUGAUGAUCUCUAUAGUGAAAUGUUGAUAAAAUUCGACAUCAUGAAACCGAUUGAAUCUGUUUUGAAGUCUCCUGAACUUGAAGAUCCAGUUUCUGUGCUGCAAGCUAUGGCCACACUGGCCUAUGGGUCUGAUACCAUGGCUCAGAAGAUGCUUACUCCUGAUGUUUUGAGAUCAUUGGAAAAAUUGUUCAUCCAUAAGAACCCUGAGGUGCAAAGGCUUGCUUUGGUGGCUCUUGGAAAUCUGGGCUUUUGUAGGGAGAAUCGUCACAUUCUUGUCACUUCUAAACGCUUGAGGGAACUUCUCAUCUGCCGGACGGCGACGCCGGAGCCGCGAGUGAAUAAAGCCGCUGCUCGCGCCUUGGCGAUUCUUGGGGAGAAUGAAUGCUUGCGACGUGCAAUUAGAGGGAGACCGGUACCGAAACGAGGCAUAUGCAUACUGUCGUUGGAUGGAGGUGGGAUGAAAGGCCUUGCGACGGUGCAGAUCCUUCAAGAAAUCCAAAAGAGAACCGGAAAGAGAAUGCAUGAGAUGUUCGACCUUAUAUGUGGGACGUCAACAGGUGGCAUUUUCGCUUCCGCACUUGGUAUUAAGUCGAUGAGCGCAGACCAAUUGGAAGAGAUAUACAGAAAUCUUGGGAAAGUUGUUUUCUCCGAACCUGUGCCGAAGAACAACAAAGGUGCAUCUUGGAGAAACAAGUUUGACCGGCUUUAUCGAAGUUCAUCGCAGAAUUUCAGGGUCGUCGCAAAAGGAUCAAAACAUGAUGCAGAAAAGUUAGAGAGGUUGCUACAGGACAUGUGUGCCGAUGAGGAUGGGGAUGACCUGCUGAUUGAAACUGCUGUGAAAAACAUUCCUAAAGUUUGUCUCGUGUCGACUUUAGCGAGUGUUACACCCGCUCAGCCUUUCAUAUUCCGAAAUUAUCAGUACCCUGUGGGAACGCCAGAGGCGCCUGUUGCGACAUCUGAAAGUUCGGGAACCACCAUGCCAGGAUCUGCAGCUACAAGUACACAGGUUGGAUGCAAAAGAAGUGCCUUCGUCGGAAGCUGUAAACAUCUUUUGUGGCAAGCUAUAAGAGCAUCUUGUGCUGCUCCAUACUAUCUUGAUGACUUUUCCGAUGGCAUAUACCGUUGGCUCGACGGUGCUCUGUUAGCAAACAAUCCGACUAUCUUUUCCAUACGUGAAGCACAACUUUUAUGGCCUGAUACUAAAAUUGACUGUAUAGUUUCAAUUGGUUCUGGUUCCUUGCCUACCAAGGCUCGAAAAGGCGGUUGGCGAUAUCUAGACGCGGGGCAAGUGCUGAUCGAGAGCGCGUGCUCGGUCGAUCAUGCAGAGGAAGCUUUGAGGACAUUGUUACCUAUGCACCCCGAGAUCCAUUACUUUCGGUUUAAUCCAGUCGACGAACGCUGCGGUAUGGAGUUGGACGAGACCGAUCCAACAGUUUGGAUGAACUUGGAAGCUGCAACAAAGGAUUACAUCGAAAGGAAUUCGGAAUCGUUCAAGAACGCAUGCGAAAGACUUCUUGUACCCUCUUAAGAAUGAUUGAGGAGUGGAGAGUUUUAAUGAAUCUCUACCACGCAUGUUGUUGUUGUUCCAUUGUAAAAGAUCAACGUUGUAAAACAUUAACAUUUUAAAUUGCGGUCGAGAUCCAUCGUUAUCGGUGCGAUUCUGUUUCAC